ACGCUACUAAUAUAGUCUUGUUUUUCCUCGUCCUUCUCGUCUUCCAAUUGUUGCGCCGGUCGCCCGGCCCCAAACAAGACAAAGAGUAUACUCUUAAGAAACCCCACAAAAAGAAAACAACUAUAAAAUAUUGCCACUCUGUUUCUCACUGUUGUUUAGCUUUCUUGCUUUUUUCUUUCCCGAUCAACAUCAACAAACACCUCCUUGUGUUUUUCUUAGACGGCCAUAAAAUUUCGCUCAACUCUUUCUUUCUCACCAAUUCUGAAAAAUAUGAAUGACCUGCUAGCGGAUUCAAGCUUCGUUAGUGCCAAAGAUAAUGCUUCCAAAGAAUCUGACAUUGAGAUGGGCAAUCGGUUUACGAGGAGCCAGUCAGAUUCAGGAAUGGACACCUUCAAUAAGCAGAUACAAGAAAUCGAGAAACAGGUUGAUAAACUAUCUGGUUUGCUGAAGAGCCUUAAGGAUGCUAAUGAGGAAUCAAAAUCUGUUACUAAAGCAUCGGCAAUGAAAGCUAUAAGGAAGCGGAUGGAGAAAGAUAUAGACGAAGUUGGGAAGAUUGCUAGAAAUGUCAAAGCAAAAAUAGAAGCAAUAAAUAAAGAGAACUUGGCUAAUCGACAAAAGCCUGGAUGUGGAAAGGGUACAAGUGUUGACAGAUCAAGGACAAAUAUGACCAAUGCCUUGACAAAGAGGUUCAGAGACGUUAUGAUAGAAUUUCAGACAUUAAGGCAGAGGAUAGACAACGAAUAUCGUGAGGUUGUAGAGCGAAGGGUGAUCACAGUCACGGGAACUAGACCGGAUGAGGAGACUAUCAACAACCUGAUAGAAACCGGAAACAGCGAACAAAUCUUCCAAAAUGCUAUUCAAGGAACAGGGCGUGGACAGGUCCUAAGCACCGUAGAAGAAAUUCAUGAAAGACAUGAUGCAGUGAAGGAAAUUGAGAGAAAGCUUCUCGAUCUGCAUCAGAUUUAUCUAGACAUGGCGGUUCUGGUUGAAGCUCAAGGAGACUUGUUAGAUAAUAUUGAAUCCCAGGUGACAAAUACAGUUGAUCAUGUCCAAUCAGGGACAACUGCUCUUCAGACUGCAAAGAAACUACAAAGGGGCUCUCGAAAGUGCAUGUGCAUUGCCACUAUAAUUAUCUUAAUUAUAGCAGCUUUAAUAGUCAUCCCCAUCGUUGUCAAACAACCUUGGAAGAGUAACAAGGGCGCUUGAUUGUUUGUGUUCGAGCUAUGUUUGCAACUGUUUGUGUGUUUGUCUUUGGCUUAUUGCGGGAUAGAAAGUUAAACGUCUACAAUUUCACACGAGUCGUGUUAGCUUGUCUAUAGUUUCCUUGUUGAUUAUAUUCUUUUGUUUUGGUCACUUUGUUAACUAGAUCUUGGUGUAAAUUGUCUGCAAAUUGUCCAUGGAUUUGUGGAAAAGUAUAUAUCUUUUUAAGUCGUAAAAAAUAUCUUAUAACAGAAUCUGAUA